GUAUAUGAAUUAUGGAGGUAUUGGGGCCCACUAUCGGUCAUGAUAAUCGCACAUGGAUUUGACAAUAUAGGAUUACGAUUUGAUAAAGAUGGUGCAAAUCAGAGGUUGUGGUCAAAAGAAGACAUGAAUAAAUUUAGCAAAAGAGCUCAGUGUUUCGUAGAUACGAUAAGCAACAUCACCGUACCUGGGACUGGUGGAAUUAAGACUAAUGGAGAUAGGACCUUAGCUGAAACGCUUGCCGACCACGAAGGACUCAAAGCUAGUUAUAUGGCUUAUGUGCAGUGGCUGAAGACGCAUAGGGUAGACAAAGAUGAGAAAAGAUUACCAGGACUUCAAUAUACGCCAAAGCAAUUAUUUUUCCUAAAUAAUGCUAUUGACUUUUGCAGCAAACUCAGAAGAAAAGAAAGAGUAUCACUUGCCAGAUAUUCAAAUUAUCCUGUGAAUAGUAUAAGAAUAAACUUUCAAAUGCAGAACAGCAAAGAAUUUGCAGAGGCAUGGAAUUGUCCAGUUGGAUCAUUCAUGAAUCCAGGAGAUAAAUGCAAUGUUUAUUGAAAAACAAAUGCAAGUGUU